UUUUAGCGGAGGGUUUGACUGAUCUGACAGCAGCUAUGACUGAGGGAACGCACCUGCGGAGGCGAGGGGGGCCGUAUAAGACGGAGCCAGCCACAGACCUAAGCCGCUGGAGGCUGACCAAUGUGGAGGGCCGGCAGACGUGGCGGUACCUGGAAGAUCAGGAGACCGCAGACAGAGAGCAGAGAAUGCUGGAGGCCCAUUCACUCGGCUUGGACACGAGUAAGUUCGUGUCCGACUCUCCAGCCGCCCACACUGCUGUGGACGCCGCAGUGAAAGGCAUGCACUUCUACAGUCAAUUGCAGGCCGAGGACGGUCACUGGGCAGGAGACUAUGGAGGGCCUCUCUUCCUGUUGCCAGGUCUCCUGAUCACCUGCCAUGUCGCUAAGAUCUCUCUGCCUGAGGCUUGGAAGAAGGAGAUGGUGAGGUACCUGCGCUCAGUCCAGCUCCCUGAUGGAGGCUGGGGUCUACAUGUUGAAGACAAGUCCACCGUCUUUGGCACAGCGCUGAGUUACACCUCACUUCGGAUCCUGGGAGUGGAUCCCGAUGAUCCAGACAUGGUUCGUGCCAGGAACAACCUGCACAGCAAAGGUGGAGCAGUUGGGAUUCCCUCGUGGGGUAAAUUCUGGUUGGCCAUUUUGAACGUCUACAGCUGGGAGGGAAUGAACACGCUCCUGCCUGAGAUGUGGCUCUUCCCCACCUGGAUGCCGGCCCACCCCUCCACCCUGUGGUGUCACUGUCGGCAGGUCUACCUCCCGAUGAGUUACUGUUAUGCCGUCAGACUGGCCGCAGACGAAGAUCCCCUGGUUCUCAGCCUCAGACAGGAGCUUUACGUGCAGGACUAUGCUUUUAUAAACUGGCCGGCGCAGAGGAACAACGUGGCAGCAUGUGACAUGUACACACCUCACAGCACACUCCUCACAGUCGCUUACAUGGUGUUAAAUGUAUACGAAGCCCACCACAGUACCACGCUGAGAGGAAAAGCAGUCAAAGAGCUGUAUGAUCACAUCGAGGCCGACGAUCGCUACACGAAAUGCAUCAGCAUUGGCCCGAUCUCCAAGACUAUCAACAUGCUGGUUCGCUGGUAUGUCGAUGGUCCCUCCUCUGCAGCCUUUCAGGAGCACGUGUCCAGGAUCCCGGACUACCUCUGGUUGGGACUGGAUGGAAUGAAAAUGCAGGGGACGAAUGGAUCUCAGCUCUGGGACACCUGCUUUGCUGUGCAGGCUUACCUCGAGGCAGGAGCUCAGGACGACCCAAAACUAGCUGAAUGCCUUCGAGACGCCCAUCAGUUUCUCACUAUCACACAGAUCCCGGAGAAUCCUCCUCAAUAUCAGAAGUACUACAGACAGAUGAAUAAGGGAGGUUUCCCCUUCAGUACCCGUGACUGUGGUUGGAUUGUGGCCGACUGCACUGCAGAAGGCCUGAAGUCACUGAUGCUGCUGCAGGAGCUCCGCCCCUCCAUCAGGCAGCCCGUCCCCUCUGAGCGUCUGUGUGAUGCCGUCAACGUGCUGCUGAGCAUGAAAAACACAGAUGGUGGAUUUGCCACAUAUGAAACUAAGAGAGGAGGGAGACUCCUGGAGCUGCUCAACCCCUCUGAGGUUUUCGGCGACAUCAUGAUUGAUUACACAUAUGUGGAGUGCACCUCAGCAGUUAUGCAGGCUCUGAGGCAUUUCCAGAAGGUCUACCCUGAUCACCGUGCCGAAGAGAUAAGGUCGACUCUGAGAGAGGGGCUGGAGUACUGCAGGAAAGUUCAGAGACCUGAUGGAUCUUGGGAAGGUUCCUGGGGAGUCUGCUUCACGUAUGGGAUGUGGUUUGGCCUGGAAGCUUUUGCUUGCAUGGGUCACGUGUACGAGAAUGGACAUGUGUGCGAAGAGGUGCAGAAAGCCUGUCAGUUCCUGCUGGACCGGCAGAUGCCAGAGGGAGGGUGGGGGGAGGACUUUGAGUCAUGUGAGCAGCGUCGCUACAUCCAGAGUGGCUCCGCUCAGAUACACAACACCUGCUGGGCUCUGUUAGGGCUGAUGGCUGUCAGGCAUCCUGACAGGAAGUCCAUUGAGAGGGGAGUACAGAUGCUGAUUGACAAGCAGUUGCCCAACGGAGACUGGCCACAGGAGAAUAUUGCAGGUGUGUUCAAUAAAAGCUGUGCCAUCAGCUACACCUCAUACAGAAACGUCUUCCCGAUCUGGACCCUCGGCCGCUUCUCACGACUUUAUCCCACCAGUGGGCUGGCCGGGAAGGUCAAGCUCUGAACAGACUGCAUGCCAAAAAACAUCAAUGUCUCCAACAAAAAAUAGAAAAACAACAUUUACUGGAACACAUAAUCUCUGUUUUUAAGUCACACCUGAAAUGACUCAAUGAACAUGCACCAUUGAUGUGUUUCAGCUGCGAACACGUUUCAUUCUUUGAAUUACUUCCUGUCCACACAGCCAGAGCUCCUCCUUAAAAUCCUUUCUCAGUCUGAUCUUAAACAUUCAUGUACACAAAACAGACUCCUGUCGAUGUCGCCUUACAUCCCCUUUUACUUGUAGUUUACUCUUUAUUUGAUCUUAAUAAUUAAAAAAGAAAUACAGAG